GUGACGGGGCGGGGGUGCUGAGCCCGGAGGUGCACUUCUGGGUAGGGGGCACGGGAUUCAGGGGUGCAGGAUCUGAAGGUGUAGGGGUGCAGAACACAGGGGUGCAACCACGAGUGCGUGAUCUGGGAGUGCAGAGCACAGAGGUUCAGGGCUUGGGGAUGCCGUGUACAUGGGAACACGGUGCUGGAUGUAGCGGUGCAAGGGCUGGGUGUGCUGGGCAUGAGGUCUGUGUGUGCAGGUCACAGGGAUGCAAAACAUAUGGGUGCAAGACUUGAGGUGCCAACAUGGUCCCUCCCACCCUGACACCAUCCAGGGCCCUCCAAAAGCACCAAUGGAGAAGGACAUUGACGGCUGCCAGGAUGGGGCCAAGACAGUGCCAAGUGCCAUGCUGGGCACCGAGGGGACAGAUUCACAGCUGGAUGAUUUUGUGGGUGCUAACCCUGACUACAAUGAGGAGGAGGAGGAGCAGAAGUACUUUCGCCGCAAGCGCCUUGGUGUCAUCAAGAACGUGGUGGCUGCCAGCCUGGCUGGCACCCUCACUUACAGCGUCUACUUGGGUCUGCUGCAGAUGCAGCUGAUCCUUCACUAUGACGAGACCUACCGGGAGGUGAAGUACAGCAACAUCCGGUUGGAGGACAUCGACCGCAAGGUGCUGAUGGGCAUCAAUGUCACACCCGUGGCGGCGCUGCUCUACACACCCAUCCUCAUCAGGUACGGCCCCGCCAUGCCCCGGCCAGCACGGCUCCCUGGCAUGGCCACCCACCCUUCCGCUCCUUGCCCCGGCAGGUUCUUUGGCACCAAGUGGGCCAUGUUCCUGGCGGUCGGCAUCUACGCCCUCUUCGUCUCCAGCAACUACUGGGAGCGCUACUACACGCUGGUGCCCUCCGCGGUGGCCAUUGGCAUGGUGAUCGUGCCCCUCUGGGCCUCCAUGGGCACCUACAUCAUGCGGAUGGCCCAGAAGUACUACGAGUACGUUAACUACAAGGAGGAGCAGGAGAGGGAGAGGCAGCGGGCGCCACGGGAUGCAUGCAACACCUACAUCAUCGUCUUCCAGACCGUCUUCUACUCCUGCUUCCAUUUGAGCUUCGUCUGCGCUCAGAUGCCCAUGGUCUUCUUCCUCAACAACUACCUCUACCAGCUCAACCACACGCUCUUUGCAGUGAAGCACUGUGGGACCCUGAGCCACGGCACGCUGCCUGGUUUCAACAAGACGGUGCUGCAGAGCCUUCCCCGCAGCGUCAGCCUCAUCAUCGUGGAGAGCGCGUUGAUGGCCGCCGCCUUCCUCGCCAUGCUGGUGGUGAGCGCCGGGGCGGGAGGGGACAGGGAUGGGCUGGACGAUGGCGGGACCUCACCUGACGGCGCUCCGCAGGUGCUGGUGCUGUGCGGCGCGGCGUACCGGCCCAUGGAGGAGAUCGACAUGCGCAGCAUCGGCUGGGGCAACAUCUUCCAGCUGCCCUUCAAGCACAUGCGGGACUAUCGGCUGCGGCAUCUCUUCCCGCUGUUCAUCUACAGCGGCUUCGAGGUGCUCUUUGUCUGCACUGGAUUUUCCCUGGUAGGACGCGCGAUGGGGUGGGAGGUGACGGAGCGGGGACAGGCGAUGCUGAGCCCGCGCUCGCUGCAGAACUACGGCGUGUGCGCCCUCGGGCUGGAGAGGUUGGCGUAUCUCCUCAUGGCCUACGGCUUCUCCGCCUCGGUGUGCUCCAGCCUGGCCCUGUGCACGCUGCGCCUGCGCCGGCACAUCCCGCUCCUGGCUGGAGCCUUCAUCCACGCUGUGCUCCUGGUGACGCUCUUCUGCUGGGCGCCGGAGCCCCGGUACCUGGCGCAGGCGCCGCUGCUCUACAGCAUUGCCGCGCUCUGGGGCACAGGCAGUGCCCUCAACAAGACUGGAAUCAGCAUCCUCCUGGGGAUGUUGUACAAGAAAAAGGAGCGCCAAGACUUCAUCUUCACCAUCUACCACUGGUGGCAGGCCCUGGCCAUCUUCACUGUCUACCUGUGGUCGGGGCUGCCCAUGAAGGUAAGUCCCGGAUAUGCCCCAGCCCACUCUGAGACAUUGCAGGCUUUUUGGGGACACACCCCCACGCCAAUCCCAAAACUCCAUGUGCCGCAGGCCAAGCUGUCCAUCAUGCUGCUGACGUUGGUGGUGGCGGUGGGGACAUACCUGUGGAUGGAGCAGAAGGUGGCGUGGAACAUGGAAGUCCGGCUGCCCCGCAUCCCACGCCCACGCCACAAAACACGUGGAUACCGCUACCUGGAGGACAACUCGGAUGAGACUGGCUCUGACGGUGACGGGGACAAAGAGGAUGAUGACACGCACCCAACUGAGGCCACCAGGGAGAACGAGCUGCCAAAAGAGGAUGGGGAACGGCUGGGAUAGGGACAGCCUGUCCUGGGCCCCAUCCUGCUCCUGGUACCUGAGGGGGUUCCACAGCUCCCCCCAGGUGGGCCCAAAAUUCUGCAAACCCCCUCAGGCCAGGCUUGCAACCCCCUGAGCUAAGCCUAAAGCCCCCAGGCAGCCCAGAUCCCCUCACACUGGCUGACAGACACCCAGGCUGGCCCAUGGACCCCCUAGGUCAGGUCCACAGGCUCCAGAUUGAUCUAAAGCCCCCAAAUUGUGGUACAGAGACCCCCAAAUUGUGGUACCACACUGUGGGCCAGGCAGGCCCUUAGCCCCCCAAAUUAUGAUGUAGUUGCUGAGGUGAAACCUGCAGGCCCCCAUUCCAGCCCCAGAGCCACCACACCCAAAUCCACAGCCCCUCACGCCCCCCAGGCAGAUCCACAGCCCUCCCAAAUUUGGCCAAAGCCCCGCCAGGUGAGGCCCACAGACCCCUGAGCAGAUGCACAUACCCUCUAGCAAGGCUUGCAGCCCCCCACAAUGUCCUGCAGACCCCAGGCAGACCCCCAGCCCUCCCAUAUUAGCCCGCAUCCAAACCCCAGACCUCGCAGGGCUACCCUGGAGCCCCCAGGCAGAUGGACACCGGCCCAGCCCUUCAGACCAGACCCACACGCGCCCCAGGCAGACCCUGCAGCCCCCUUUAGGUUGUCCCAGAGCCCUUCUAGCUCAGUCCGCAGCCCCCCA